AUGCAGUCAAGGGCGCUGGAGAAACCCGCACGAGCAAACUACGAUCAACUCCUAGGCGCCAUGCCCGACGCCGGAGUUGCGCAAGAAACAGUGCGGGCGACCACGGGUGCGCCUGUGGCGCUGCCAUCGCAUUCGUUGAUGCCACGCGCGCCCGACUUUCCCACUUGGGCGAACAGGUCGUACGCGGGACCUCUCACAACAAUUUCCACUCCGUCUUCUACCUGCACUGAGAUUCAGGCGGUAGCGACAUGGACAGGCAGCGCUGAUCCGUGGACGGUGAUCCUCAGCUACGCUGGAUACUGGAAGGGCGCAACCGAUGGGAGGAAAGACAACUGCCUUUCCACCCGCUUCGACGAAGUGAACCGAGACGGAGUAUUGCCCGUCUUCUCUCCUGGACCUGGCUGCCCCUUGGGCUAUGGAUCCGUAUGUGCCAUUGUCGCUCCCGGCGCCGCUAUCACUGCAGGCUCUGCGGUGCAGGUGUAUGCCCGUAGACAAGACCGCCGUGGGAUGUUGCCCAAUGGGCUAAACCUGCGACAGUUUUAG